UCAGUGACAACUGAGAGGACAAUAAUGGACUUCUCUUGCUCUGGACUGUGGUGGUGGUACUAAUAAGUGGAGAGAGGAUGCUUCAAUAGGAACUCCAGACUGCUCUGUGUUUUCCCUUUUCAGCCUUCGAAUUCACGGUACGCUCAUCUUUCUUCACUUGGGGGGGCCAUUUUGUUCGGCGUGGAAGUUCAUUUUAACACCGCCUGCAGCACUCUGCUCAGUCAAGAGAGAGACGGAGAGAGCAGAAGAUUGAUUCUGGACAGUGUAACCAUUUCUGUAGGACAAUUGAGUGAAGAGAUCCUCCUGGUAGCAAUACAAUUUGCAUUUAGUGGAGUUGCCGUGUGACCUGUUGCUGAUCGAGUGAUAGUCCUCAGUUGUCUAUUUUCUGUACUGGUCUCUCCGGGCACCUGUGUUUAAGAUCUUAAAAGUACUCACGGGUUGUGAUCUGAAGAAACUGCUUGGGCAACAUGAUAACUGCAGGAUCUUAUUACCAGACUCUUUUCCUACUUGGUUAAGUAUUUGUGCUUCUGAUUUGCACGGUCUAAUCCAGUGCAAAACUGAAAGGAGCUGGAGAAGGGCACUGGCCGCUGCACUGAUAGUGAUUAGUUACUCCAUCAGAGCCAACACUUUUCACGAGCCUGAUCUAUAUAAAUAUUUUCUGCAAGAUUUCAUUUCCCGCUUCAGAAAUGAUGCAAGUGGGAGGAGGAACAGAGAGCAUGCUUUAGUAGGCACUGCUGUUUUGGUUUUCAUUUUCCAACAGGUCAUCUGGUUCUCUGCGUCCUUGUCAAUUCGAGAAAAAAGUCGUACAGACAUAGUGGUCUACAUCUGCAUCACUCUGCUGUCAGACAGAGUACCAGGUUCUGUCGUACAUCUACAUCCAGCAAAACUUGCAUUGACACAAACUGCAUCAACUUAUAGUCAGUGCAUGAUCAGCUAAAUAAAUAUAUUCAGAAGGUGCCAAAGUACAGUACGCUGGGAGUCUCUGUUAUCUAUUCUAUAUAUACGUGUUGGAAGAUACAGUUUGUAAGCCUACAACUCUUUUUGUCCAUCUCCCUAAACAUCUUGGUCUGAUGGCAACCAUACUUGAAUCUUUUGUUGGAUCAUGUGCCAAGAAAUUGCAAGAUAUUGUUACAGAGGAGGCCAUACUAAUUUUAGGUGUCAAAGAAGAGCUUAUAGAACUGCAGAGAAGAAUGGAGCAAAUACGAUGGUUUGUUAAUGAUGCAGAGCAAAGGAGCAUAAAAGAAUCAGCUGUUAACAUGUGGGUUGGUCAGCUAAGAGAUGCUAUGUAUGACGCUGAUGAUAUCAUUGACUUAGCCAAAUCCAAAGGAAGCAAGCUAUUGGCAGAUGAUUCUUCAUCAUUUUCAGGCAGUUCAAGUACAUGCAGUGGCCUUUCCCUUUCCUCUUGCUUUUCUAAUAUCAAGACACGUCAUGAGGUUGCUGUUAAGAUUAAGAACUUAAACAAAAGAAUUGAUAACAUUUCAAAGGAUAAAGUAUUUACAUCACUCACGAGUGCACAACCAACUGUAACAGUUUCAGUACCAAAACAGAGAAGUUCUAGCCUUGUUGAGCCAAACCUUGUUGGUAAUGAGGUCUUACGUGCUUGCAGAAAAGUAGUAGAUUUGGUGCUUGCACAUAAGGAAGAAAGGUCUUAUAAGCUUGCUAUUGUUGGAACAGGAGGAGUUGGUAAGACAACACUAGCACAAAAAAUAUACAAUGACCAAAAACUAGAAGGGAGUUUCAACAAACAUGUAUGGGUUUGUGUUUCCAAUGAUUGUUCUGAAAUAGCUAUUUUAAAGGAGAUUCUUCGAAAAAUUGAUGUACAGUACAUGCAAGAUGAAUCAACCGAUGAGCUCCAAAGCAAGCUACAGUUGGCCAUUAAGGAUAAGAGUUUUUUUCUUGUGUUAGAUGAUGUGUGGCAGUCAGACACCUGGACAAAUCUACUGAGGAUUCCACUGCAUGCUGCAGCCUCAGGAGUAGUUCUACUGACAACUCGAUUUGACACUAUUGCUGUAGAAACCGGAAUGGACUAUACACAUCGAGUGGAUUUAAUGUCACUGGAUGUAGGAUGGGAGUUACUAUGGAGGAGUAUGGGCAUCAAAGAAGAAAAAGAAGUACAAAAUCUGCAUGACUUAGGGAUCGAUAUUGUUCGUAGAUGUGGUGGUCUUCCUCUUGCAAUUAAAGUUAUUGCUAGAGUGCUAGCAAGCAAAGAUCAUAAUGAGAAAGAGUGGAAGAAGAUCUUAGAAAAAGAUACUUGGUCCAUGGCUAAACUUCCUAGUGAGAUAACAAGUGCGUUAUAUCUGAGCUAUGAGGAACUACCAUACCAUCUCAAGCAGUGUUUUGCCUACUGCGCUAUGUUCCCUGAAGAUGCAGUUCUUCUCCGUGAUGAUAUUGUCAGAAUGUGGGUCGCUGAAGGCUUUGUGGAUGAACAAGGUGACCAAUUAUUGGAAGAUAUAGCACAAGACUACUAUAAUGAGUUGAUCUAUCGAAAUCUCCUCCAACCAGAGAAUACAGUGGCUGACUUUAGUCAAUGCAGAAUGCAUGAUCUAUUAAGGCAGCUUGCUUUAUAUAUAUCUAAAGAAGAAUGUUUUAUUGGGGACAUAGAGUCAGCAGGGGUCAAUAUUAUGAGUAAAUUCCGACGUAUUUCAAUUGUCACUAAGAAUGACAUGGUGGUCUUACCCAGAAUGGAUAAGGGUAAAUGUAAAGUGAGAACAUGGAAGACAUCUUGUACAAACACUUUGAGAGUCGAUGAUACAAUAUUUGAAAGAUUACCAUGCAUUCGAGUUUUGGAUUUGACAGGUUCACAUAUACAACCUGUUCCACCUUGCAUUGGACGUUUGAUCCACCUACGGUUACUAGACCUUGAUGGGACAGACAUAUCUUCUCUUCCAGAGUCCAUCUGUUGUCUCAUAAACCUUCAGAUAUUGAAUUUGCAGAUGUGUUAUUCUUUGCAUAGUCUUCCUUCAGGAAUAACUCAGCUAUGCAACUUAAGGAGACUUGGCCUAGGGAGCUCACCAAUAAAUGAGGUUCCAAAAGGUAUUGGCAGAUUAACUUCUCUCAACGAUUUAGAAGGCUUUCCUGUUGGUGACGGCUCUUAUAACAAUUCUAUAAUGCAAGAUGGAUGGAAUCUAGAAGAAUUGGACACCCUUUGGCAGUUGAGAAGGAUUUAUAUGAUCAAACUGGAAAGAGCAGUUCCUCCUAGUAAAGAUACAUUGCUAUCAAACAAAAAACAUCUCAGAAAAUUAAUACUACAUUGCACUGAACACACAGAUGAGCCAUAUUCUGAAGGUUCUGUAAUCAAUAUUGAGAAAACCUUUGAUUUGCUAAUCCCUGCACACAACCUGGAGGAUCUCUAUUUUUUGGAUUUCUUUGGUCGGAGGUUUCCCAUCUGGAUAGGUACUGCUGCCCAUUUGCCUUCACUGACGUAUUUGAUGCUCAUAGAUUGCAAAUCCUGUGUGCAUCUUCCACCAAUCAGUCAGCUCCCCAACUUGAAAUAUCUGAGAAUCAAAGGAGCCACUGCGGUCACCAAGAUUGGACCCGAAUUUGUUGGCUCUGGGGUGGGUAAUGUUAGAUCUACCGAGGCAGUAGCUUUCCCCAAGCUUGAAGCUUUGGUCAUCGAGGAUAUGCCCAACUGGGAGGAGUGGUCUUUUGUUGCUGAAGAAGAACAAGAAGCAACAGCAGCUGGUCCGGAAGGAGCAGAGGAUGAGACUGAUGCAAAUCAAAAAGGGGCCGUCCCACCUCCAGUGAUGCAGCUGCUGCCACGAUUGAAGAAGUUGGAUCUUCUCCGCUGCCCCAAGCUGAGAGCUCUUCCACAGCAGCUUGGACAGCAGGUCACCAGCUUGAAAGUGCUCCACUUAAGACACGUGCACAGCCUUAAGGUGGUGGAGAACCUUUGUUUCCUCUCAGAGCGCCUUUUGAUCAACGAUUGUGAAGGCCUAGAGAGGGUCUCAAGUCUUCCUCAUGUGAGAGACCUGCGAGUAGCUCGCUGUCCGAAUUUAAGGCGUAUCGAGGAGUUGGGUAGUUUAGAGCAGUUGUGGCUGGGCGUAGGUAUGCAGGACCUCUCCUCACUGUGGAUUCCCGGGCUCAAAUACGAAUGCCAAGACCUCGAAGUGUUCACAUGGCCUAGGAACUAAGAAACAUCCGGUCAGAUGGGCAACACAGCCACAAGCCACAAGGAAGGAGGGGGGACUGCUCAUCAAGGAGAAGAACAUCUGCCUACCACAAUGCUUUGUGUCUAUUUAUGCCUAUAUAUACACAUUCAUAUGAUCUAUGCCUGCACGAAUUUCUAUAUAUAUACUAAAAUAAAAGCAGCGGUAUGCUACUUGAGUCCGUCGACUCUGUUAUGAGAAUUUAUGUUUGGUUGCUUGACAUUUGUCAAUAUGUAACGUGAAGAGCUUCAUAUAUAUGUUGCUGGCCUGUUUAUAUCA